UUGAUUUUAGUAUAAAGAAUAUUCUAUUUUAAGUUAAAAGAAAAAAAAUAAAAUUAAUUGAAAAUAAUUUAUGUAAUUGCAGAUAAAAUUGUAAAAAUGCAAAAUUUACAUAUUUCCCUUAUCAUUCUUGUAAUUAGUAAUUUAAGUUGUAAUAGUGCUGUAAAGUUGAAAACCUGUAAUACGCAUUCAUUAAAAGGUUGUCCUCCUCAUUCAAUUUGUGAAGAAAUCAAUGAAACCACUAGUGAAUGUAAAUGUGAACCAAAUUAUGAUUUAAAUAGCAAAUAUAAAAAUGAUAGUGAAUACUGCAUAUUUAAUAAUCGUACAGCUAACACAAGAACCAAAUUAACGCAAGCAACAAUUACACAAAGGGUUGUCCUAGUUAGUUCGAAAGUGUCAACUCCAGUCAGUCUUCCAGCGCGUUCAAUACCUGAAACAGAUCAUCAUAUUGUUGGUGGUAUUCUCAUACCAUUAUUUAUCGUACUAUUAGUAAUUGGUGCAGCAUAUGGAUUAAAACGUCUUGAAAUCAUUCGAAGAAUUAGAGAAUUUCAAAUGAGAAGACGCCGGCAGAGACCAUUUUAUGAAGAUGUUAUGAUGAGCCAUGAAAAUGAUGAACCACCGCUCAUUUAAAAUCAAAUGAAAGUUUCAAGGUAUUUAUAAAAUAUUUUAAAAAUUUGAAUUUAAGAAGUAAUAUUUGAAACAAUAUUCCAUUCGAUUGAACUGAACUAGAGUAAAAGAAAAUAUAAAAGAUUUAAUUUCCGAAAAUAAGACUAAAUUGAAAAAAUAAAAAAAAAAAACAAAAUUUACGAGAAAAAAAUUUAAAACCAAUAUAAUUAAAACAGUUUAGAUUAAUUUGUAUUAAGAUUGCUAUUGUAGAUUAUACAUUAAGAAAAAUCUAAGCGUAUUCGAACUGGUAAGACAUUAUAGUAAUACAAUUUUCAAAAAACAAAAAUAAUAGGAUUCAAAAUAGCUAGUUGAGUUAUUUUAGUAGGCAAAACAGAGAACUAUAAAACUUUAUUAAGUAGGGAAUGAAAAAAAAAACUUAAAACGAGACAAAACUUUUCAACGUUUAAGUUAUUUUAUUAAACGUUAAUACUAUAGUAUCUAAUCAACCAAAUGAAUAAAGAUAAUAUUAUUGAUAAACUAAGAAUAAAAUAACAAAAUAAACUUGUUGCAAGGAAAUCAUAAGAUAUUUCAAAUUUUACAGUAUUUCUUUUUUCUUUCUUUCGUUUUGCAAAUUAAUCCAUAGUUGAUUUAAAAGAGAUGCAUUUUCAAUCAAUAAAAUAAUGUACAUAUAUUAUAUUUUAUGUACUUCAUGAAAGUGUACAGAACCUGAUCAGGAAUUAUAUGUAUUAAGAAAUAUUAAGAAAAUCAUGUAAAUAGUGAAAAAUAUCAAGAAUUUUUUACAUGUUGAACAAAUAGUAUAGAAUAGUUUUUUCAAACUCUUGAUAACGUAUAAAUUUAUAAAAAGCAGAAAAUGCAUAAUAAAAAUAUUGAAGAUCAACUUGAAUCAUAAUAUUAUGACAAAAAAUUAAAUAUGUUAAUAUUGAAUAAAAAUCGUGAUAAUAUAUUAUAAUUUUGCUUUUUAUGAAAAGCAAGUUUUUGUUCGAGCACAUUUAAAUCACAUUGAAUUAAACACUAAGUAAUAAUCUUCAACCCGCCAUAUAAAUAAAAUAUUACGAGCUUACAUAUUAGACAUCUAUUUUUAAUAUGAUACGUGAAUGUGCUUACAAAAUUUCAAUUUAACAAUAAAGAUUUAAACACAUCUUCAAUAAUUUAAUUUAAUUUUUGAAUAGUACAUAUAUUGGGGGGCUUAUUCAAUACAAAAAAAUAAUAAUAACACGCAAUAUUUAAUUUGAUUAGACUUUCAAUGCAAUAAUAAAUGUCAUGUAUUUCCUGUUUAAUUAAUAUUUGUAAUAUUAAAUCAGAGCAAAAAUGAUGUUUUUACUAAAUAAACAAUUGAAACUUAUUUUUAGGAAUAAAAGAAAAAAUUAAAAACAAAAAAAAAAUACUUAUAUCAUAAACUCUUACAAUUUAUAUCAUACAUAUAUAAACCAUUGUGAAGUUUUCGCAAAUGGAAAUAUAAAUAUUAUAAUAUUUUAAAAAUGAAGAUUUUAAGAAUUUAAAAAAGAAAAGUAUAAAAUACUCAAUAAUAAUUUUUUAAGAAUCAAUUGAAGUCUGAUAAUUAUAUUAUUUCGAUAUGGAUUUGGAAUGAAUGUAAUUUUUAAAAGGUGUUAAAAUUUUCAUUAAAUACAAAAGCGAAUUUUAAUAGCAUAAAGAACUUUCAUCUAAAGUAUGUUAAUCUAAUUCUAAUGUGUUAAUAUUAGGAAAUUGUUGCUUAGAUCAAGAGUCAGCCAAAUGUUUUUAAUUUCUAAAUCGGAUAUUCCUUGAAUUCUAUAUUGUAAAUAAAAAAAGGUUUUCAUUACAAAGUUUCAGAGCCAAGAAAUUAGAGUCAACCACAUUCACUUUUGUUUAACACAGAUUUAUAAAUAUAAAAAAUGGAGGGGACUAUACAGUAUAUUAAAAUAUAUUAAAAUAUAUUUUUUGCUUCCACAUUAUAGUUAUCAGACUUUAAUUAAGUAAAACACUUUUAAUUCUUUUUUGUAAAAAAUAAAAAAAUUGAGAAGACGACAAUGAAUUAUUAUCUUUUAUAAAAAGUUAAUCCAUUUGUAAGACUAAUCACAAAAUUAAAUAUAUUACUUUAUCUGCUAUUUAAUAAUAAAUACAAAAGAAAAUCAUAUGUUAUAUAAAUAUAAAUAAUUAAAUAAAAUAAAUUAAAUCAACUGAAAUAAAUUACAUUUUCAAUCAUAUCUCAGAAUACAUAAAUAAUAAAAGAAAGAAGAAAUAAAAAAUUAAAUAAAACUAUUUAUUAUUAAAAAAAAAAAAAGAAUAUUACACAUAUUUUUCGAUAAGACAUAAUGAGUAUGUAAUUAAAAAUUGAAGAAAAGAAAUAA